UCCAGCGAGAUGCCCCAAAUUCCCGAGUACAUCCGGGCGACGUCGAUGGUGUUCUGUAUCAUUAUCAUGUGUCUCGGCGUUAUCGGCAACAUUAUGGUCCCGAUCGUUAUCCUCAAGACGAAGGAUAUGCGCAACUCGACCAACAUCUUCCUCACCAACCUAAGCAUCGCCGACCUGCUCGUCCUGCUCGUCUGCACCCCGACCGUGCUGGUGGAGGUCAACUCGCCGCCGGAGGUUUGGGUGCUCGGCGAGGAAAUGUGCAAGGCGGUGCCGUUCGUGGAACUGACGGUGGCGCACGCGAGUGUCCUGACGAUACUGGCCAUUUCGUUCGAGCGCUACUACGCCAUCUGCGAGCCGCUCAAGGCGGGCUACGUGUGCACCAAGACUCGCGCCCUGCUGAUCUGCCUGGCGGCCUGGACGGUGGCCGCGAUCCUGACGAGUCCAAUCCUGUUCUUCGCCGAAUACAGCGUCCAGCCGUACCUGGACGGGAGCCAGGCGGCCAUGUGCCUAACGAAGGCCUCCAACGGUUGGACGUUCACCUUCUUCCUGAUGACGAUCUCGCUGUUCUUCGUGCUGCCGCUGGUGAUCCUCGUGGUGCUGUACGCUAUCAUCGCCCGCAACCUGAUCGCCAGUGAUCGCUCGCGGCUCAAGAUCCGGCUCAGCAAGCCCGAGCUGAGCCACAAGGCGCGCAAGCAGGUGGUGCUGAUGCUUGGUGCGGUCGUGCUGGCGUUCUUCACCUGCCUGCUACCCUUCCGGGUGCUCACGCUCUGGAUCAUCCUGGUGCCGGAGGAAACGUUCCAGCAGCUGGCCCCCGAGCGCUACUACAACCUGCUGUACUUCAGCCGCAUCAUGCUCUACCUAAACUCGGCCGUCAAUCCGAUCCUCUACAACCUGAUGUCGUCCAAGUUCCGCAAGGGAUUCCUGCGGCUGUGCAGCUGUGCGGAUUGGACUGGCGGCAGUCACCGACGUCGGAAGGGACGCACCCGGUCGACCACGCUCACUACCACGACAACCACCACGACGACCACCACCAGCUCGACCUUCGGAGGAAGUGGGCAUGCCCCGUUGGAGGCCGACGAAGAGGGAGCGCUCGUUCCGUCGUCCCUCUGUCCUCCAUUAGCGCCUCCGUUCGAUGACGAGCGAAACGGGGGUCGGAAGAAGCACACACUCUCGCUGGACGACCUACGCUCCCAGCGACGCUCUCCCUUGCUCUACCGGAUCAACCUGGUGCGGCAGUACUCGAGCCCCCUGCUGGUCUUCUCCACUGCGGCCAGCUCCCCGAAGGCACCCUGUGGCCACACUAGGGCCACAUCCAAGCGCCCGGCCAACGUGACCUUCGACGAACCGUUGCCCUUGCUAGCGGCGGCCGAAACCGAACAGCUCCUGCUGGCCCUCGACGCAGCAGAACCGGUGUCCGAGCCGCACCCACCGACCGGCAACGGUACCGUGCGCCAUCCGCUGCGGCUCAAGUUCCCACGCUUCGGAGCGCGGCGAACGUCGGCCAUGGCCAGCCCGAACCCGAGGGCCACCACCAUGAAGCAGCUGUCGCUGGACGAAAGUUUACUAACGGCGGCCAUUGCCGGGCGAAAAGUUUGA